UAGACGUUGAAAACACAUGACGCGGACGGAACCUCUUUGUAAUUCGCCGACGCUGUUAUCACCCACUGUUGUUUUUAUAAUAUUCUCUCGUGUCGCGAUGAGCGCGUGUCUUUAAUGUAGACAGUCUUUCAGUGUGGUAGUGUGUACUGUCUUACGUCGUCGGGUUACUUGUUUACUUAGGUGAGGUGUCUCAGUUUCUAUAUACUGGUCCAGAACGCCACUGAUCGCUGUCGUCGUCUAAAUGGCCGAUCGUCUUACCCAACUCCAAGACAUUGUUAAUCAGCAGGCGGAUAACUUCUGCAACAGCAUCGGAAUUUUACAACAGUGCGCUUUACCAUCCAAAUUUUCAAACUUUGACCGAAACGGGUCGCAAACACCACAGCAACAAGAAGAUUAUACAAGUUUAUUUUCUUCACUUAUAACUCGCUGUGCCAAAGAUAUUGACGCAUUAAUCGAAUCACUGCCCAACGACGAUACUUCUACAGAUUUACAGGUUGCUAGUUUGCGGAGAUUAGAGCAGGAUAAUCAGUUAGCUGCAGAACGUUUGGAAGAAGUAGUUCGAAAAGGUGAACUUCUUCUUGAACAGAUACAAGCAGCUCUCUCUGAUAUUGCUCAACAGCAAUUAGAUAUUCAACAGAGUAGUGAUAACAACACGUGUUAAUAAAAGGUUAUAUAAUGAAAGUAAAGAAUAAAAAAAAUGUAGUUAAAGCUAUUUCGGCUAUUGGUAAGACACAUAAAAUUAAAAGGAACAAAAUAAAACGAUUAACAGAAAAAAAAGGUAAAAAGAAGAAGAUAUCAAAAAAAGCACUGGUAGAAGUUGGUCUGAAAAAUGACAAACCAAAACCUAAAGCUAAAGUGGAAACAACUCAAUCUAUUAAAAAUGACAAUCUAAUAAAAUUAACAAAUAUAAGUUACAAAGGUGCGCCCGAAAGCUCUACUCCUAGUUUGUGCAAACAACAGAAAAAGGUAGAUGGAGACAAAACAUCCGUGUCCUUUAUCAAGAGGAUGAAAGAUAAAUUGAAAGGUGCAAGAUUCAGAUAUAUAAAUGAACAAUUUUAUUCAUCUAGCAGCCAAGAUGCUUUGCAAUAUUUUAAAAAAGAACCAAGUGCAUUCAAAGCUUAUCACAAUGGUUAUAUGCAACAAGUUGCUCAAUGGCCAGUCAAACCGCUAGAUGUUAUAAUCAAACAAAUUAAACCAAUUUUGAAGAAGUCCAAUGUCAAUUCACCUGUUGUAGUUGCAGAUUUUGGUUGUGGUGAUGCCAAACUUGCUCGGGCAUUUCCUAAAGUAAAAGUUCAUUCAUUUGAUUUUGUGGCAGUCAAUCAGCAUGUAACUGCUGGUGAUAUGGCUCACACUAGCUUACCUAAUGGGUCUGUUGACAUAGCAGUUUUCUGUCUGUCUCUGAUGGGCACAAACUUGCAAUCAUUCAUCAAAGAAGCCAAUAGGGUUUUGAAAACAGGAGGUUUGAUGAAAAUAGCAGAAGUUGAAAGCCGAUUUGAAAAUAUUAACACAUUUGUUGAUAGUUUGGCUAAAUAUGGUUUUGAAAAAACAAAAGUAGAUCAGACAAUUGAAAUGUUUGUCUUUGUGGACUUUAAAAAAACUCAAGAUAUAAGUAAGACAGCAUUAAAAAAGAAACUACCUAUAUUAGAAUUAAAACCUUGUAUUUACAAAAAACGUUAAUAUUUUUUUUUUUAAUAAAGUUUUUAUAACUAAUGAAAUGAUUAAACAAAUAUUUUGAUUCAUUUGAAUUUGACAAAAAUUGUUUUAUAAAACAUUUAGUAAUGUGCUUUAUAUUUAAAACCUGGAUUAUUCUCGCUGAUAGUGAUUCAAUGAAAUAAUUGAAUGUAUACACAAAUUAUUCUAUGUAAAAAAUUAGGAAUUGUGAUUUUAAAUAGGACUUACUUUGACAUUUUGUACAAGAAAUAACACAAUACAAAUUGCAAUAACAACAAAAAAUUAAAACAAAAACAGUUGAAACUUUGUUAUUAUGAAUAUAAGUUAUUUAAAAUGUUUACUAACAGUUUUGUACACUAUCAAUUUAUUUGUACAUAUAUUUAUAAAAUGUAUUCUAUUUUAAUAUGAAUACUGCAUUUUGUGACAAAGCACUUACAAUAUAAUAAUUUAAAUUCUAACCAGACAACAUUAUAAUAUAUAAACUAUAAAAGUUUUAAAUUGUGAUCAGACUUAUUAAAAAACACAGUCGUCUAAUAAAAUGAAAAGAUUUCAUUUAAAUAUUAUAUUGGCCACUUAAAAUAACAUUCUAGUAAAUACUAUUGAAAUUAUACAUAAGUAGUUUAUUUUUCUUCUUCAAAAGUCGAAUGGCAACAUUUAGUCAAAUUAGAUGGCACCUUAAUUAAGAUUGAAAAUAAAGAUUAAUAAUAUUACAAUUUACAAUAUAUUACAAUGUCAAUUGACGACCAUAUUUCAACAUUUAAUUUGUACAAUAUAUUCAGGCAUGUACAUUUAAUUUUAGUGUAGUCAUCAGUUAAUAUGAGUGUGAAACAUCCCGAACAUUAGUUAUAGUUUUCAGUCAAAUAUUUUUAUAAUUUUCUGUGGUAACAGUAAUAUCUUGUCAAAUUAAUUUUGUUUUAUUCUUAAUUUAUUCUUAUGGUUAUGUAAAUGUAAAUGCAAAUUAUAAUUUGCUAUUUAAAAUAGUAUUUGAUGAUAAAUUAUUAGAUUAAGCAAAUCAUUAAUAACAAAUGACUACUUAGUACUUAUAUUAUUAUUUACUAUGUAUAUCACAAAAAAACAUAAGUGGCCUCUGACAAUUAUAGCCACUAAACAAAUCUGAAGAUAAAUAAAUAAACUGUAUUUUAAAAU